AUGGACGCAAUGGACGAUGAGCUGAAAUGUCCAGUAUGCGGGUCCUUCUACAAGGAGCCGAUUAUCCUGCCGUGCUCCCACAACGUGUGUCUGGGCUGCGCGCGGAACAUCACCGUGCAGACUCCGGAGGGUGAACCGCCGCCGCCACCGCCGAGUCGCGUGUCGGCCGGCUCGGACUACGACUACACGGACGCAAGCGAGACAGACAGCGGGUACGGCUCGUACACACCGUGCGCCAAGUCUCCCAACGGCGUGCGCGUGUUUCCUCCGGCACUACUGGCGCCGUCUUCUUCCUCCUCUUCCUCAUCGGCGCACCGCCACCGAUCCGUGACGUGUCCGCUGUGCCACCGCAGCGCCUCGCUGGAUGAGCGCGGCCUCCGCGGCUUCCCACGCAACCGCCUGCUCGAGGCCGUGGUGGCCCGGUGCCGCCGCCGCGGGACCCCUGAGAACAAGUGCCAGCUGUGCGAUCGCAACCCGGCCGACGCCACGGUCAUGUGCGAGCAGUGCGACGUCAUGUACUGCGCGCCGUGCCAGCAGCGCUGCCACCCCGCACGCGGGCCCCUGGCCAAACACCGGCUCGUGUCGCCUAACACCGGGGCCGCCGCCUGCCCUGGACCGCAAUCCUCCUCCUCCUCCGCGGGCGCCUCUUCCUCCUCCUCCUCCUCCUCCUCCUCCGCGUGCGCCGAACACGACGCCCAGAGCUGCACCGCGUACUGCGUCACCUGCAAGAUCCCCGUAUGCUACCUGUGUAUGCAGGACAGCAAACACGGAAAACAUGACGUCAAACCCAUAGCCGUCAUGUGGAAGCAGCACAAGUGCCAGUUGUCCCAGGCGUUGAAUGGCGUGUCCGAUAAGGCGAAGGAUGCCAAGGAGUUCCUGGUUCAGCUGAAGAACCUGCUCCAACAGAUCCAGGAGAACGGCGUGGAGUUUGAAGCAUGUCUGGUGGCCCAGUGUGACGCUCUGAUCGAAGCUCUCACUCGGCAGAAAGCCAAGCUGCUCACCAAGGUCACGAAGGAGAAAGAGAGCAAGCUGAAGACGGUGAGAGACCAGAUCACACACUGCACUAUGAAGCUGAGACAAACCACCGGUAUGAUGGAGUUCUGCCUGGAGGUCAUCAAGGAGAACGACCCGAGCGGAUUCCUACUGAUCUCGGAUGCGUUGAUUAAACGUGUUCAGCUCUCUCAGGAUCAGUGGGUUAAAGGCGCCCUGGAGCCGAAGGUUUGUCCCGAGUUCAACCUGAGCCUCAACACCGACCCUCUGCUGCAGGCCAUUCUACAACUCGACCUUAUCCAGGGCCGGGAUUCGAACACUCAGGAGUCUCUGGUACCGAGACAUAAACAUGCAGGCAUCCGGAAAGAGACGUAGAGUGCAGGAGCAGAGAACCCUGGAGUCCCUCCUGCUCCUUUACUGGAGCUGGAGAAGUGCUGCUUGCAAAACAACAGUGCCACUCUGGCCUGGAGGUUAAUGACACCUCAGCCGCUGCCCGUGGAGGGCUACAUCCUGGAGCUGGAUGAUGGAAACGGUGGACAAUACCGGGAGGUGUACGUGGGGAAGGAGACGGUGUGCACGGUGGAUGGUCUUCACUUUAACAGCUCCUACAAUGCUCGAGUCAAAGCCUACAACUCCAUCGGUGUUGGGGCUUACAGCAAGACCGUGGUCUUAAAGACAUCUGAUGUUGCCUGGUUCACCUUUGACCCUACCUCAGCGCACAGAGACAUCGUCCUGUCCAACGAGAACCAGACAGUGAGCUGCAACAGCUAUGACGACCGCGUGGUGCUCGGAACAGCUGCUUUCUCCAGAGGGGUUCAUUACUGGGAACUCAGCAUCGAUCGCUAUGAUAACCAUCCAGAUCCUGCAUUUGGUGUGGCACGCAUUAACACAGCAAAGGACGCUAUGCUGGGGAAAGAUGACAAAGCCUGGGCCAUGUAUGUGGACAACAACCGUUCAUGGUUCAUGCAUAACAACUCGCACACCAACAGGGCCGAAGGGGGAAUAACCAAGGGGUCGACUGUUGGUGUUCUCCUAGACUUGAUGAAACACACUCUCACAUUUUUCAUCAACAAAGAACAGCAUGGCCCUGUGGCCUUCGAGAACAUGGAGGGUGUGUUUAUGCCUGCGGUCAGCCUCAACCGCAAUGUACAGGUGACCCUAAUCACAGGCUUAGAAGUACCAAAGAACAUCAAAUAA